AUGAUACAGCACUCUUCAUAUUACCUAACCUUAAAUUUUUAGCAGCUCGUCUGACAAUUUCCAAGGCCCCUACUUGGUUUCUCAAAUUACAAUCAUUGCUUAUAUCAUCACCUAACACAAGAAUCAUCCCCUCAUAUUAUCAUCAUCCACACACUAAUAAUAUAUACUCAAUCCCUCUGACUCAUAUUAAAAGUACUAUACACUUUGCUGUAAGUUAG